UGAGAUCAGUUUGAGUUCUAUUUCGACUCGUAACGGUAGUAUUGACAGAGGUAGUCGCAAAAGACAUUUCCAACGAGUAAGAUGGAAACUAGUGGUUUAUUCAAUCCUGCUGUUAGAGUGAAAAUCGAGCCUUGUGAUGUUUUGCUUACCCAAAAUAAUUAUGAAACCAUCGACGAGAUACCCGUAACUGAAAAUGUCAAGUACGAAAGGUUUCUUCAAGAAAACUCGACCCAAGAGCUUCAAGAAAAGGAACUUGACGACAUUCACAUCGAAAUGGAAUGUACAGACAUGAAGCCCAAUUUAUUGGCGGUUGCGAAAAUUGAAGAUUAUUCUCCAAGUCAAUGGCUAGAUAGAGAUGAGUAUAAAACCGGAAGCACCAUUAAAUUAGAAACUGUUGGGUCUGUGAAGAAAGAAUAUUUUGGUGAAGAAGAAACUGAUUUGAAUUUUGGACGUGGACCCAGCGAAAAAAAUGAAAAAGGAAAUGUUUCAAAGGAGAUGAACUCUAAACAUAGGCUCAAAACUCACACUGAAUCAGCCCGUAACGGCAAUAUCAAACCUGCAUGUGAUAUUUGCGGAAAAGUGUUCAAACUUAGAGGUCAUCUCAGUAGGCACAUCGAUUCGGUGCAUCGUAAAAUCACGCAUUCAUGCGAUAUAUGCCUAAAGACAUUCUCAAAUAAAAAUAAUCUUAAAAUACACAGUGAUUCAGAGUAA